CCGGGAGGAGCCGUGGGGAGGGAACAGACCAGGCUCGUAGCUUUAUACGCUGGUGAAAAAGAGCCGAGACCGCACGCAGAGAUCAGGAUGGCUUCCGACCCCCUGUCAGACCUUAAUGAUGACUUGGAUAAGGAUGAAACCAACCAGCUGGACCAAUUGAAACUGGCGUCUUUGGAUGAUAAGAACUGGCCCUCGGAUGACGUGCAGGAUUAUCCGAACAUCGUUAAUGAUUCAAAACCUUCCCCCGACCCUGCGACCCACCUGCGCUGGGACGACCCAUACUAUGACAUCGCUCGGCAUCAGAUUGUAGAGGUAGCAGGUGAUGACAAGUACGGGCGUAAAAUCGUGGUGUUCAGUGCCUGUCGCCUGCCGGCCUGUCAUGAGAUUGACCACGUGAAGCUUUUACAGUACCUGAAGCAUACGCUGGACCAGUAUGUGGAGAGCGAUUACACGCUGGUUUACCUGCAUCAUGGCCUUACCAGUGACAAUAAGCCGUCUUUGGGGUGGCUUAGAGAUGCCUACCGGGAAUUCGAUCGCAAAUACAAGAAAAACAUCAAGGCCCUUUACAUUGUUCAUCCAACGAUGUUCAUCAAGACUCUGCUGAUUCUCUUCAAGCCCAUCAUCAGCUUUAAGUUUGGUCGGAAGAUUUUUUAUGCCAAUUACCUAAGUGACUUGGAGGAGCACACGAAGCUGGAGCAGCUGGGGAUCCCUAAACAAGUACUCAAGUAUGAUGAGCUUAUUCGCUCUAAUAUGAAGACGCCGGUUCCAAGUCAGAAAUCCAGCCCUCCUCGCCCUCCACUUCCAAACCAGCAGUUUGGUGUCUCCUUGCUGCACCUGAAAGAUAAGCACCCGGAGAAUGACAUGAUACCACAAGUUGUCCGAGACACAGUGGCCUACCUGCAGGAGAAAGCUCUGAGCACUGAGGGAAUAUUCCGGAGGUCGGCCAGUACCCAAAUAGUACGGGAGGUUCAGCAGAAGUAUAACAUGGGGGUCCAGUUCAGUUUCCAGCAAUAUGAUGAUGUUCACCUGCCAGCCGUCAUCCUGAAGACAUUCCUGAGGGAGCUUCCCGAGCCAUUGCUGACUUUUAACCUUUACAGCUUUGUUGUUGACUUCUCCAAGCAGGAGCAGAAGAUUGAAUCUACUCACCAGGUCCUGCAGACUCUGCCCAAGGAGAACUAUGAAGUCCUUCAGUUCCUUAUAGGUUUCCUGGUGCAGGUCUCUUAUCACAGCCAACAGAACAAGAUGACGACCACAAACCUGGCUGUGGUGUUCGGCCCGAACCUUCUUUGGGCCAAAGAUGCUGCCAUGACUUUAAAAGCCAUUAACCCUAUCAACACCUUCACCAAAUUCCUGCUGGACAACCAGAGAGAGCUGUUUGGGGAUCCUGAGCCUUGAGCUGUUCCUCUCCCAGAGCAACUCUCUCUCCACCCUGCCAGUCUAUCACCGCAGACCCCUUUCCCACAGUGCAAUGCGUUACUUUCCCCCCAUAAGCUGUGUGUUCUUGUGACACAUUGGAGCUGGCAUCUCCAAUAGAAGUGACGGCACAAAGACUCUUGCAAUGCCUGCACCCUGCGUCUGGUUCACUUUCUAGUGUCGCUCGGAGACAGCGGGUGCCUCUGGCUGGCGAGAGGCACUUUUGUUACGUGUCUCACUUGUGUAAGGGCAAGUUAUUUGGUUAGAGGUGAUUUAAUGUGGGGUUUGAUCUUAAUUUUAUAUGACAUUAUUCAUGAACUUGGCGGGUUUUAGGUGGCGAAGAGUUGAAUUUGAAUUUUUAAAGGGCCAUGGUUUGAUAAAUCUCGAUAUUUUGAAUUAAAAUUCAAAUCGAGUUUGGAUUAUUCACAAUUCGAAUUUGAGAAUUUUGAAAAAAAAUUUGACUUUUCAAUUCGACCCUUUAUAAAUCUGCCCCUUAAUGAUCUUAAGCAGCAGCGGGGGGCAGCACUAGCACACAACUUUCCUAGGCUCAGAUUGGCUGGCCGCAUCCAAAGGAGUAACAAGCAGCCAAUAGACAAAAACCAUCGUCACCCCUUUGAACUAUUAUAUAUUUAUAUAUAUAUCCACUUAUGUCCCGUUGCUUAUUUUGUUAUCUCUUCUGCUCCUUCUUUUAAACAUGUUGGGUUUUUAAUGAAUGUAAAUAAGAGCAGAGGGCAGAAUCCAGGUGUAAAUGAGCUGAACUCUUGGUAUCUGACCUUCAUAACUUGCUGUGCCACAUAUAUAUAUAUAUAUAUAUAUAUAUAUAUAUAUAUAUAUAUAUAUAUGUGCCAGUGCCUUGCUGCACCAUGUACUGUACAUACACUUUAAUAGGGAGUCAUUAGGAACCUUACACCUGCUAUCAUUAUGCUCCGAAGUCUGUAUGGUUUUUAUACAUUCCAUGCUCUAAGUGCUUGGUAGGAAAUUGCGCCCCCUUGUGUCCGUGUUCUCUAUUUUUAGUCCUUAUUGUUUUCCAUUUGCCGGGAUUAUGAUUCUGCCCCCGGGCUUUGGUGGAGGAGCUAAUUACACAAACUCUGCAUGAGAACUUACAUGGGAAAAGUCGCCACUUUUCUGUACUGUAUAAACCUUUGUCGAUGUUACAACAUUCCCCUAGCAACAGCAAAUGUGUUUGAAUGAAGCAGCCUCCAGCACCUUAUCAUACGACAGCUGGGGGGACGCUGCAAAAUGAUUGGUGUAGUUGACGUGUCCGUGUAACCCAGCCUCUGCGGGUAUAUCCUGGAGUACAAGUGUCACCCCUGCUUGUAAGCUGUCUAGGGUCUCCACCAUGUUUCAGUUGGUCUUCAUUGUUUAUAGUUAUAGAAUAUCUCUUCCAAUAACCCGUCGCCCAGCGAAGCUACAUUUUGAUUUGUUACUUUUACUUUUUAUUCCUUCAUCCUCCUAUUCAUCAUCCAGUCUCUCAUUCAAACUCACUGCCUGGUUACUAGGGUAACUUGGACCCCAGCAACCAGAUAGCUGCUGAUAUUCCACACACAAAAAGCAAAAUGAUUAAAAAAAAAAAAAAAGACCAAUUGCAAAUGAUCUCAUCAUAUCCCCAUUUUAUGUAAAUCAAAGGUGAACUCUGCCUUUAGUUGAGGCUGCUAUUGAAUCAGCCUUGUUUAUAACCCAGCAAAAAGUUCUCUUUCUUUCAUUAAAUCGCAUAUUUUAAACA